GGAAGCAGUGUGGAAGGAUGCCGUGCAGGCUGUCUUUAAACUAACUCAUCAGCCGUCAUUUGUGAUACAAAAUGAAAUUGUACUGUCUGUCAGGUCACCCCACGUUGCCCUGCAAUGUCCUCAAGUUCAAAUCCACCACCAUCAUGCUGGACUGUGGGCUGGACACCACCUCUGUCCUCAACUUCCUGCCCCUGCCUCUGGUGCACAGCCCAAGACUCUCCAAGCUGCCGGGCUGGGUCUCCAAGGAUGGAAAUGUAAACUUGGAGAAGGAGCUGAAGGAAUGUGCAAAGCGGGUGUUUGUGGAUUCUCAGCCUGAGUUCUGUCUCCCUGAGAAGGAACUUCUGGAUCUAUCUAAUAUUGAUGUCAUCCUCAUUUCCAACUAUCACUGUAUGAUGGCGCUGCCCUACAUCACUGAACACACAGGCUUCACAGGAACAGUGUAUGCCACAGAACCCACUUUGCAGAUUGGCAGACUCCUGAUGGAGGAGUUGGUGAACUUCAUGGAAAGAGUUCCCAAAUCCCAGUCUGCCACCUGCUGGAAAAACAAGGAAUUACAGAGGAUGCUCCCAGGGCCUCUGAAGGAUGCGACGGACGUGUGGGCAUGGAAGCGAUGCUACAGUAUGCUGGAGGUGAACUCUGCCCUUAGUAAAGUGCAGCUUGUUGGCUAUUCACAGAAAGUGGAACUGUUUGGAGCUGUACAGGUAUCCCCCUUAAGUUCUGGUUACUCGUUGGGCAGCUCUAACUGGAUCAUUCAGUCUCAUCAUGAGAAAGUGGCCUAUGUGUCGGGUUCAUCCCUCCUCACCACACAUCCACAGCCGAUGGACCAAAGCUCAUUGAAGAACAGUGAUGUUUUGAUCCUGACCGGCCUCACCCAGAUGCCCACCGCUAACCCAGACGGCAUGCUGGGAGAAUUCUGCAGCAACCUGGCCAUGACUAUUCGUGCUGGAGGCAACGUGCUGGUUCCGUGCUACUCCUCAGGAGUGAUUUACGACCUGCUGGAGUGUCUGUACCAGUUCAUCGAGAGUGCCAGCCUGGGCACCACACCCUUCUACUUCAUCUCACCUGUUGCCAACAGCUCCCUGGAGUUCUCUCAGAUCUUUGCCGAGUGGCUCUGUCACAACAAGCAAUCCAAGGUGUAUCUCCCAGAGCCUCCGUUCCCUCACGCUGAGCUGAUCCAAACCAACAAGCUGAAACACUACCCCAGUAUUCACGGAGACUUCAGCAUCGAGUUCCGUCAGCCGUGUGUGGUUUUCACCGGCCAUCCCUCUCUGCGCUUCGGGGACGUGGUUCACUUCAUGGAGCUGUGGGGCAAGUCCAGCCUCAACACCAUCAUCUUUACGGAGCCAGACUUUUCCUACCUGGAUGCCCUGGCUCCCUACCAGCCGCUGGCCAUGAAGUGUGUUUACUGUCCCAUCGACACACGGCUCAACUUCCACCAAGUAUCAAAGCUGCUGAAGGAAGUGCAGCCCCUCCAUGUGGUGUGUCCAGAGCAGUACACCCAGCCUCCACUCACCCAGUCCCACCGCUCUGAUCUGAUGCUGGAGCUGCAGCCCCCCCCUAUGCCCUACAGACGCUGCUCGGUGCUCAACCUGCCCUUCAGACGCCGCUACGAGCGUGUCUACAUCCUUCCUGAGCUGGCCAACUCCCUGGUGCCCUCUGAGGUGAAGCCUGGCAUCUCCGUGGCAACCGUAUCUGCUGUGCUACACUCCAAAGACAACAAGCACACGCUGCAGUCGGUGCCCAAACCCCCUCCAGCACCCCCCAGCAAAAAGAGAAAGCGGGUGAUGGAGGAGCCCCCUGUGGUGCAAGCUCCCAAAGCCCUGCUGAGUGGAGCUGUGCCCCUUGAAGCUUUCCUGGCCACAUUACAAAAGCAUGGGAUCUCAGAGGUGAAAGUGGAGGAGACGGCAGACGGACACAUCCUGCACCUGCAGGCCGACGACACGCUGAUCCAGCUGGAGGAGGACGGGACGCACAUCGUCUGUGACAACAACGAGCCGCUGCGCACCACGCUCCGAGACCUGGUCCUGCGCUUCCUGCAGAAACUCUGACCCGACUCCUCUUCACAGCUUCUCUUCUCUGUUGGUUUUUAAACAGUGUUUCUGCUUUGUUGUUGGACAGCAACAGAAUCGUCAUGAGAGGAUGAAACUCUCACCUCAGUCAAAUUUAACACUGUAACAAUUACAAUGGUCUCAUUGUAAAGUCCAGUUAAAUUUUGUA